GUACAGCUGGAUCUGAUAUUGUCAUUUUUGUUGUACUGGUAAUGUAAGCUAGUGGAAGAGAGUGUAAACGGAGAGCUCUUAGCAACAGAGAGGGUAAAGUGGGCGGGGUUACUUCACACCUAACAGUUUAAGGCCAAUGAAUUCUUUAUCCUAGAAAAGGAUUUUUGAUUUUGGGCAACAAUGACCCACCGGGUUGGAGCAAAUGUAAAAUUCCCAUGUAUGUAAGAAACAGGAAUGAAGGAAAAGACAUAGUAAGGACUGGCAUGGAAUCAAAAAGGAUCAUUUAGAAAAGAGGGAAGUCCCAGUGAAUCAUCAUUAUGUGGUGGCAGCUUGUGCUUCCUUGUCCAUCCGUACGUUUUGGCGCUCACGUCCUCGCACUUCUCUUUUUGCACUCCUCAGCGUGGGUUGGGGAACACUGUAGUUUGCAAAGGUACAGACCUUUACUUGGUUUGCAGGAAACCACAGGUACAUGUACCGAACGCCCAUGGAGGGUUGCUAACCCCCCUACCCCACAACACUUUCCGGUCUGUUUUGCAGGUAACGGACCAGAUGAGGAAGUGCAGCCCCAGUUUUCACACUCCGCCCAACUUACCAGGGUUAUUCACACCAAACCCAUGAAUUCAGAAAUGAACAACACAGCACAGUUCACAGUUCUCAGUGAGAGUUUUCACUAAAGAGGCCAUGAGGGACUUGUUUAUUCUACUGGUUCUGCUGAGUGUCCAGACUACCAAGGCAUACGCGAAUCAAAACGAUUGCAAAGAAAAUGAGUACCCGAAAGAGGGUUCUAACCUGUGCUGCAAAAAGUGCCAACCUGGUUAUCGCUUAAAAGAGCACUGCUCUGAAAACAAAGAGACUGUAUGUGAACCAUGUAAACCAAAUACAUAUUUGGAGAGCUGGAAUUAUGCGCAUAAUUGUUUGCCCUGCAAAAAAUGCAAUCCAAGAAAAAAUCUGAAGGAGAUCCGGACCUGCACAUCCACCCAAAAUGCUGUGUGUGUUUGUAAGGAAAACACAUUCUGCACCAUGGGAUAUAAUGCACCAGAGUGUGCGAGUUGUCAGCCGUAUAGAGCAUGCGGUCCAGGCCAUGGAGUUUCUGUGCAAGGCACACCUAAUUCAGACGUCAAAUGUCAGGAGUGCCCCAGUGGAACAUUUUCUAACAUUUCCUCCUACAGUGAGAAAUGCAAGCCACAUACGGAAAAAGAAGCAAACAACCCAGAAACAACAACAGAGCGAGGUUUCACCCAGACUUCGAGCUAUACUGGGUCAUACAAAUCUUCUCCUUCAGCAGAAAGCCUCCAUACAACAGAGCAACCGGACAUAGAACCAGUCGUCAUCGUCACUACUGUUGGAAUCUUUCUUCCUCUCCUCAUUUUUGUGUCCCUGCUCGUUUUUUACAAGCGACGGAGGGCAGACACUGCAAUCUGGAAUCCUAAAGUAGAUGCUAACGGGAACUGUGAGAGUGGUAGCAAAAAUGCUCCGAUCACUGCGGUGGAACAUCAGGUGAUGGGUUUGACCUUCGAGCACCAGUGCCUUCUGGGCAAAAGUGAAGCUAGCAGCGAUGAAAGUCCUUACAGUAACAGUUCUGAUACCUUAACAAAACUAGACGAUUUCAACAGUGAUGAGCCCAACUCUCUGCACUCCACUUCAAACUUGGACAAUCCCCCAUCUGCUUUGUCAGAGCCUAUGACUUUACAGUCUAACCCUGAGGCGGUCACCCCCCAGCCCAGCACCUCAGCGCCGCCCUCCUCUCAACCCACCAGCCCACACAUCAUUAGUCCAGUGGCUAACAGCCCCCAUGUUAAUGUAAACAUCACUGUGCACAUAGGAAACGGAUCCUAUCAGACUGUCAAUCCGAUAGACUCAAGGCAAGCAGAGUGCCAGCUUCCCUUUGAAGAGGGGGAUUGGUCUGUCAGCAGCCCAAAGCAAGAGGAAGGCGAGCAGACGCAUGAAUCUGUACCGGAGAGUGGCGCUAACAGCACUUACUGUUUCCCGAAAUGAUUUGUAACAUGGAAACAAACAGCUUAUUAGACAAAGAUAUGUCUUUAAGUUGCUGGAGUUGUAUUUGUUGCUGCUAAAUGACUAAAAUUCCUCCCGUGUUUAGUAGCAAAAACCAGUAUUGUUAAUUUGUGAAUAAUAUUAUGUAAAUAAAUAUGUAAAUAAGCUUAUUGUCUUUUGAAGCACUUGAAUGCAAUUAAUGGAAAGUUAAAGGGCGAGUAAUUAUUACACUUAAAAGGUCAAAUGUUUAGAUGCUAUGAUAAUCCCAUAUGCUACAUGGCUUUAAACUUUAGGGUAUAUUUGAAAUGUCAAUCAGAUUUCUAAAGAACUUUUGGGAAUUAAAGAAGUGAGAUGAAACCAAAGUAUUUAUAGGGGACCUUUCUCUGUCUCCAAAAAAACACAAGGGAAACUUUUUUAGUCACCUUACUCCUCCUCAUAUUUGUUAUGCAAAAGUACUCAAAUAAACUGUGACAAUAACCUG